AUGUCUCAACCAGAGAGUCGCAAUGUCUCCGCCGGUUUAUACUCCACCACCCUCUCCGAAGGCUUUGUUUAUGCUGUGCCGUACUUGAAAGUGAAUGAACCACUUAAAAAUGUCCCAAAAGGAACCUCACUUCAGCUUUUGAGGCGCGCAUUGUCCACCAAAUCUGACAUCUCGACCCUUUCAAGCUUCGCCGCGCGUACGCAACGGGCAGCAAUGGCCCAGAAACCAGGCUCAAGCGACCUGCGAAUCAUUGGCCUCGGGUCUUGCGGGUCAGUCUUUGAAGUGCCUGGAACGGAGCUUGCGUUCAAGAAAGGAACCAAUGCUGCAGGAAUCUGGCAGGAUUUCUGCCUGACAAAUGAAGUUCACAACGCGAAUAGGGACGUGCGAACAUUAAUGCAGCAGCUUUUCCCGGCAGCUACAAUACCGAAGACGCCUUUAUGCUACGAGUUUCACCUCGCCGACGAAGACGACUUUUGGCUUGGCGCGCCUGACAGUGUAGGCACAUCUGACCGUAAAGAACACUCGUCUGGCUAUUUGCACCGCUUUCCAGAGAGUCAUCGCACAAGACAGCCGCUUUUCACGGUGGAUCGAAUCCUGCCGCUGCCCCAACCCGUUAGAGAAGCCUUGAUCGAUGCUUUUUUUGACGAGGAAGUUCAGCACGAAGCCACGAGUGACCCAGAUAAUGAGGACUGCCUGGCACGAGUGUAUCUGGGAGAACGCGAAACACCCACAGAUGACUACGAUACGCUACGAAACUUCCCUUUAAAGCUAAACAUGAUCGAAGACAUCGACGUCGACAUCCCUGAGCUCGCAGUCGAGAUGGCAAUAGGUCUAGCGACAAUCCACUGGCAAGCCAAAGUCGAUGGUAUGGAUACAGAGUUCGUCCUCGGCAGCAGCGCCACAUGGGAUACCGACCGACCAAGAGGCUACAGCGACUCGUCCCAACCGCCGCACAAGGUGAAGUUUGUGGACUUCAAGCGUCGGGCGAUACAUCUUUGGAUGCUGGACUUCGACAAAGCAAGCAGGAUCAAACUGACCGAGCAAGAUGUCAAGACCAAGCUUGUGCCGGCGUUCUUGGGGAACGACCCCUACUACCCCAGACCAGAUGUGGACGAGGACUUAUGGAACGACUUCCGCGGCGCUUACCUGAAGGCCAGUCAUGCGAUACUACAGAACCAGAGGGUAGAGAAGAAGGUCCUUGCUUUACCAAAGCUUUUUGUGGAGGAAGUGCAAAGUGUGAUCAAAGAGAAUGAGGACUGGAACGAGGAAGACAACAUUGUCUUUGGCUGA